AUGAGUGUUCACGUCCUCGUUCGUGCUGCACGUGCCUCUGCGUCACGGCCGUCAGUUGCCUAUGAGAUGAACGGCCAUCUGAGGACAACCGUGCUGGGGGCCAGACAGUAUACGCACACCACGGAAAAAAACCCCGUGUAUGUGUGUGUGUCCCUAGACUGCUCCGCCAACCGCUGUUGUGUCGCAGAAAAGCGGACACCUUGCACACAAACCCUCCUGAGUUCAAAUGAGCAGCGUCACUCUGAAAUAACCGACUGUCGCCGCGACAAAAUAGCGGCUUCACAACGGCGACUCGUUUUUCGGCUCCCGAAGCAUACCUCCACUUGUCCAGGCUCACUACAGAUGAUGUCAUCUGGAAACGGAGACUCCUGCUUGACCUGUCCGUCGUUAUCAUUACAAACAAGAAAGGGCUCAGAGCUGAUCUCUAAUGUAAUCCGACCCCCAUCUUGACUCUAUCACACCUCAUGGCAGCUCUGCACACCCUUGUUCCAGAAAACCAUAACAGCCUAGUCGACAACCUUUAUUUUGAAAGUUUUGCUACCGGAACUACUUUUGCCUUGCUCAUUGGUGCUUGCUGAGAGAGAGAAAAGAAAGCAAAGGGAUUCAGGCGGUUGAAAUGGAGAGCGAAGGGACUGGGAGGGUGAGUGAAAAUGUUCAAGAGACAUGGCGUGGCAGCAUGACACAAUAAAGGGGACCUCGGUUCACCAAAAGGAGUACUCGGAAUAACAGAAUCGGGGAGGCGGAGGACUCGAUCUGACUGUCAGAGGAUUUUCAUCUCGCUUUGCUUUGGUCUUACCUCGUUUAACCCAAUCAGUGGGCACACAACGUUUCAGCUGAGCAGUAUCUGCAGAGAGAAGUCUGUGGCUAACAACCAAGUCUGACAGGAUACAAGAUACUCAGUAUGAGUCGAGAUGGUUGGAUGAGGAAAAGAGCCAAUGCCAGCGAUGACAAUGGUUGGGGCGAAAGGGGCGGCUACAUGGCCGCCAAAGUUUCUAAGCUGGACGAGCAGUUUAGACUUGACGCCCCCAGAGAAAAGCAAAAAGAAGGAGCGUGCUCCAGCAUCUUCACCGGAGUGGCUAUUUAUGUCAACGGAUACACAGAUCCCAGUGCAGAUGAACUACGCAGACUGAUGAUGCUGCAUGGGGGUCAGUUUCAUGUCUACUAUUCACGCUCCAAAACCACCCACAUCAUCGCCACUAACUUGCCUAACAGCAAAAUUCAGGAGCUCAAAGGGGAGAAGGUCAUCAGGCCAGAGUGGAUCACUGACAGUAUCAAAGCUGGGCACCUCCUGCCAUAUCUACAGUACCAGCUGUAUGGCAAACACAAAGGCCCGCUCUUCCCUGGCAUGACUCUUCGUCAGACCUCAGAGAUUCCUGGACCGAGCCAUGGGGUGCUUCAAUCAAGUACCCAUCUAAAACUAAAUCUGCCGCAAUGCAAAAUUAAACCCCCUGUUCUCAAUCAUAAGAAGUCUUUAUGCAGCGCUCAGAGCACCCCCAUCCCCGUCCACAUCCCCAGCCAAUCCCGACCUCAACCUGAGUCCAUUCAGCACAGCUCUCCAGCUCGCUUUGUUAACCCCGAACCGAGUCACUCUGCAUCCGGCCACCUCAUUACAGAUCCCAGCCACAGAAGCCCUUUGCACACACACCUGCUGCUUAAUCCAAACUCCACAAAGCACCCACACAAGUCUCCGCAGUCUGCUUCCCCACAGGAAGCAGAAUUAAAAACAAAUAGAAACUUGCAGACCUCAGUGGAUGUGAGCCAUUCGAAAAUGAAUGAAAUCCAAGAGUGUAGCAAAGAAGAACCUCAUCUCGCUGGGGCCUCAGAUGUGAAGGAUGCCCCCUUGACCAAUGGACACACUCACAUUGUUAAUGGUGCCUUAAAUUCAGAGGACCUGUCCCCUGUUACAAAUCAACCAUUUUUGAUCAACAGCCUGUCCAAAUGCAGGGUUAGGAGUUCACCAGAUAAACCUCAAAGUCCUUCUGUACAGUUCCAGGCCAAGCCUGACCCCUACGAGUUUCCCCAAAGCCCUCCAAAGCAAUCUGACCAGUCCCUUGUCCUCGUGCAGCAAUCCAGCUCACAAAGAGCCAAUGAGAAAAGACUUAAGCCUCCACCACCAACCUAUCAAGAGGCUAUAAAAGCCACUGAAAGCCACCUCUUCCCAAAGCAGCUUCAAGCACCCCUUCAGGUCGAUAUGAUUUCUGAAAAGACUCUUUCUCCUGCAUCUCGCUCUCUUUCACAUUCUCCAGUUCGACUAAACGGAAGUCACCACAACGCCUUUACAUCUGACUCUGCCUCCCUCAGCACAAAUAAUGUAACAUUCAAAUCUGAACCUCCCAUGGACGAGUCAUCGUCAUCAUCAUCCAAGUCUUCAGCACAGCUGCUAGAACAUACGGGCAGUUUGAUCUCCGAGUUCUACUCUCACUCACGUUUGCACCAGAUCUCCACGUGGAGGAGUGGCUUUUCUGAGUACGUCAAUGAACUGCACAGCAAACGAAAAGGAGCAGGGGGCGCCAGCCUUCCUGGGAAAGAGCGUUUGAGGAAAUCUGCGGCCCAGCGAUCUAUAGACACUAAAGGUAGGAAAGGUUCAUCAGCCCAAGUCAGUGUUAAAUCUUGUAUCCUCCAUGUGGACAUGGACUGUUUCUUUGUGUCUGUGGGGAUUCGAAAUCGACCAGAUCUUAAAGGUAAGCCUGUAGCUGUGACCAGUAAUCGUGGACAGGGCAGAGGGCCUGUGAGACCAGGAGCUAACCCUCAGCUGGAGAUGGAAUACUACCAGAAAAAAUACACACAUCCACAAGCUGAGAGCGCAGAGGAUGAGAUACACACAACUCCUUCACAAGAAAGCCCUGACUCUCGUACCAAUGGAGUAGAGCAGGAUGCUGUUGCUCUCUCAAUGGCAGAGAUUGCAUCCUGCAGUUAUGAGGCCAGGCAAGCGGGCGUAAGAAACGGCAUGUUUUUUGGGAAAGCAAAACAGCUGUGCCCCGCACUGCAGUCUGUCCCAUAUGAUUUUGAGGCCUAUAAAGAGGUGGCCCUCAAUAUGUAUGAGACUCUGGCCAGUUAUACCCAUGACAUCGAGGCCCUCAGCUGCGAUGAAGUGUUGAUAGAUGGCUCUGCACUGCUAGCUGAAGUGGGCGCCAGCCCUGAAGAUCUAGCCAAAGCGGUCAGAGCAGACAUCAAGGAGAAAACGGGAUGCUGUGCUUCAGUGGGCAUGGGGUCCAACAUCCUUUUGGCUCGGCUGGCGACUCGUAAGGCCAAACCUGACGGCCAGUAUUUCCUAAAGUCUGAAGAAGUGGACGAUUUUAUCAGGGACCUCCCGGUGACAAGCUUGCCUGGUGUUGGGCCUGUUAUGGGGAGAAAGCUGGCCCUCAUGGGUGUGCGGUCCUGUGGUGACCUCCAACAAGUUUCUCUGUCUAAGCUGCAAAAGAAGUUUGGACCCCGUACUGGACAGACUCUGUUCCGCUUCUGUAGGGGUCUAGACGACCGGCCAGUCCGCUAUGAAAAGGAAAGGAAAUCUGUCUCUGCUGAGAUGAACUACAACAUCCGCUUUACUCGGGUUGAUGAGACGGAGUGUUUCCUCACUAAUUUGUCCAUGGAAGUGCAAAAACGUUUACAAGAAGCAAGUCUGCGGGGUCGAAGAGUCACUCUGAAAGUCAUGGUUCGCAAAAUUGGAGCGCCACUUGAACCUGCUAAAUACGGUGGCCAUGGCAUAUGUGAUCAUUUAGCCAAGACCGUGAUGCUCGCUCAGUCCACUGACAGUGGUCAGCUAAUCGCUGCUGCAGUCAUCAAGCUGUUCCACGCCAUGAAGGUAGAGGUGCAAGACUUGAGAGGAGUUGGCAUUCAGGUUCAGCUUCUUGAGGGACAUCAGUCUGCAACACAGGACUGCCGAGGCCUGCGAGGACGCUCCAUCAAAGAGAUGCUGUUAGGCCAGGCAUCGAGUGCCAGAUCUAAUAACCGAGAUGCUGCAGACGCGCUUCAGGAGAAGACUACUUCCUCUACAACAGUCCCAACAGCAAACUCCGCGCCAUAUCCUUUGUCACCUGCUGAGCCAGUACCCGGAACAAGCAAGGAACAACCAGCGUGCAGACAAACUCCAAAGCAUUCUCGGACACGUCUCAACUUCAGUAUCGAAGUCCCCUCCCCUUCACAGGUGGAUCGUUCUGUGUUGGAGGCCCUGCCUGCAGAGCUGAGAGAACAAGUGGAGCAGUCGUGGACCAGGAGAGAUGGGAGGCCAAAUAACUGCCAUUCCCCUGUUCUGCAGCUUUCCCCUCUCAUUUCUCAUCCAGCCUCUCCCCCUCGUCCUCCCCUUGCAACCGUACCUGCACUGAAUUAUCCACCUGUAGGAACGUUGGUCCUGCAGAUUCCAAACCAGCCAGAAAGUCCAGGAAUUGUACUGGAACUGCCCAACUUCUCACAGGUCGAUCCAGAUGUGUUUGCUGCCCUUCCCAAAGAAUUACAGGAGGAGCUGAAGGCUGCCUACAGCCGCGCAACCGGUAUCCACCCUCAGGUGAAAAUGUUGGAGCAGAAGAAUCCACUGCUGCAGCUAAAACAGUCUGGGGCCGGAAUCGGCAGUGGUCGUGUAAAGCGUCGCUACAAGAGAAAAAACGCAGUCAGUCCUCUUAAAAAAGGAGCUUCUCCACUCAAGAAGCGUCCAACAACAAACAGCCCAGCCAAAAGCCUGCCACCUACUGGAAAAUCACAGGAACCAAUAAACAAUCGAAAGACUGAAAAUGGUCCCUCAACAUCAGUUUCGAAACCAGAGAUCCCACCAGCUGUGGUUAAAUUGGCUGCUCGUCCUCCUCCAGCACUGGCAGGAGCCUGUGACUUGACAGACAUUAAAACACUACUACGGGAAUGGGUUACCACCAUAACAGAACCCAUGGAGGAGGACAUCUUGCAGGUGGUGAAAUAUUGCACUGACUUAAUUGAGGACAAAGAUUUGGAGAAGUUGGAUUUGACUAUGAAAUACAUGAAAAGGCUCAUGCAGCAGUCAGUGGAGUCUGUUUGGAGUAUGGCUUUUGACUUCAUCUUAGACAACGUGCAGGUGGUUUUGCAGCAGACUUACGGCAGCACCCUGAAGAUAGCAUGAAGAAAGACGGGGUGCUCUCCUCACUACAUGCGAUCGUUGUAAACAACACUUUUUUGAUUUGUUAAUUUCACAAUACAAAUCAUGAUGUCUAAAUUCUGACUUAUGAAAGAUACAAAUAAUGGCUACACUUUUAUGAGAAAGAGCCAUGACAGUAUUUUGAAGUAUUUUGGACAAAGCGGUUGUUUUUAUCACAGAACAAUGAUGAUAGUAGCAGCUUUUUGGAAACUCACUUUCAUUCACUCUUAUUUUCCUACGACUCAUUUUCAUAUGCAAGAUUUUAUUAAGGGCAAAAAAAGCAUAAAGGGUAUCUGUUUUUUGUAGCACUGCAAAACUUUCAGCUGGUAUUAGAUCGCAUACUCCUGUGGUGACCUGAGCAUUGGUGCUGUAGAUCUGCUCCAGAGAUCUGUUUCCAGAGACAGUUCAGGGUCAUUUUGGGUUAGAGAGUCACAGAGAGUCAGAUCUGGAGACGGCUUUCUGGCUCGAUACCAACGAAGGCUGCUGUUAGAUCUCUGAGUCGUAGCUGGACUCUGAGACAAACAAUAACAUCCGUUCCAUCCAGGCCUGAUUUCGAAAUGUAUUUUUUGUUUUCAUUUUGGGUUUUUCCCCGUCUUGAGCGUUAGAAUCUGGUAUGUUAAAUUUUCCUCGCUUGGAUACGUGAUCAUGUUAAAACAAAAAGUAUAUUUCAGCAGUUUUACAAACCGCUUACCUUGUAGCAUUCUUUAUACAUAAGACAUUUUCAGAAAUGAUUGGAGAAUUUUUUGGGGGGGUUUUCCCCAUCAUUGUUUUAUCGGUGCUCUUUGCCACUAGCACUUAUCUGUGAAGCAUCUACUGCUGCGUGCAGCAGUGUUGCUUUUUUUUUUUUU